AUGUUCGAGUCGCGUGUUCCAAUGCUUCGGCGCAUCCGCCAAUUCACCUCACCUGAGGAAUCCGUAGGAGAACUCAUGGCCCGAUGCUGCUGCCUCAAGUAUCCCCCAUGGCAAAAAGAUGACCUAUGCUUGGACGUCCGAGGCGAGGCCUUGAAAGCCUACAAUAGUUUCAGCCGCCUGGUAUGGAAGAAACUUGAGAACGAAUGCACUGAACGACCUGAUCGCUCGGGCCUCAUCAUCAGUGUGUAUAUGAUUGGCUACUCUCCACCUACAGCCAUCCCUGCUCUCGUGUUUGUAAGCAAGAACAGAAAUGCAGCCAAGGAGGCGCAGAAGAUUGUGAAGAAGUGUGGAAUCUUGAAGCGUUACCCUGGGUUCGAGACUGCGAUCAUGGAUCUCUUGCCUACUGGGUGUUUGGUCCUAGUCGCUCAGGGGCCAAAGAAAGAAACUCAAGAUAAUCUGUUCGUUCCAGGUCGGCGUGAUGUUUAUUACGAUCCCAGAUUCGAGAUUCAGUCGAUAGGAAUGGCACUGUAUGUACGGGACGACGAUGGAACAUUUCAGAAGGCUACUGGCAACGUGGUGGUUAGCAAACAGGGGACCUGGUACUUUACAGCCGCACACGUCGUCCAAGCACAAGAUGUGGCGACGGAGCCUGUUGUCGGAUGGGGCGAAGACACCAGUGUCGACGAUGACUCGGAUAGCGGUGACUUCAACGAUGACGACGACGAAGACCUCGAACUCCUAUCUCGAUAUAGCUAA